AUGAGCAUUAGCGAUGAAGUUUUUGGUGAAAUUACAGAGGAAGGCCCCAACUACCGUGACGUUGGUUGGAUGGGAACUGUUGUUGUCAUGAUCAAGACUCAGAUCGGUUUGGGUGUGCUUUCCAUCCCCGCUGCGUUCGAUGCACUCGGUCUCAUCCCUGGUGUGAUUUGCUUACUCGGAAUUGCUGGCAUGAUUACCUGGGGUAACCACGUGGUUGGUACCUUCAAGCGCAACCACCCUGAAGUCUACAGUAUCGUAGAUGUUGGCGAGAAGCUGGGUGGAAAGAUCGGCAAGGAGUUCACGAACGUUGCUUUUUUGCUGUGGUGGAUCUGCGUCGCAGCUGCUGGUUACUCGAGUAUCUCAACUGCUCUCAACGCCCUUUCUCUCCACGGAACUUGCACCGCUGUUUUCGUCGUAGUAGCUGCGGUCAUUGGUUUCUUGACUGGCUCGAUCCGGACCCUUGGAAAGAUUUCAUGGCUCGCCUGGGCUGGUGUGAUCUCCAUCGUCGUCGCUCUGCUCACGUUGACCAUCGCGGUCGGUCUUCAGGAUCGCCCAGCCGAAGCGCCCCAGACCGGACCUUACGUUUCGAACUACAAGUUGAUUGGAAACCCCACUUUUAAUGAGGGUAUGGGGGCCAUCAACUCCUUUGUCUUCGCCUACGCCGGUACCCCCGCCUUUUUUGCCAUCAUUUCUGAGAUGCGCGACCCUAAGCAGUACAACAAGGCCAUGUACAUCUGCCAGGGUACGAUGACCUUAAUCUACCUCCUCGUCGGCAUUGUCGUCUACUACUUUUGUGGCUCGUAUGUCUCUUCUCCUGCCCUUGGAUCUGCUGGUCCUCUUCUCAAGCGCAUCUGUUAUGGUCUCGCAAUUACCGGCCUGAUCGCUUCUACCUGCCUUGUUACCCACUACCCCGCCAAGUACGUCUUCCUGCGCAUACUCAAAGGAUCCAAGCACCUUGUCUCCAACUCCAAGACCCACUGGGCAACAUGGCUAUCCUGCACUUUCGGUGUUACCGUCAUAGCUUACAUUAUCUGCUCGGCCGUCCCUAACUUCGGAUCCCUAAUCUCGCUAGUCGGUGCUCUGCUCGCUACUUUCAUGUCCAUGCAGCCCCUCGGAGCUAUGUGGCUGUACGACAAUUUCAAACGCCCUACUAAGGGGAUGAGGUGGACAGUCGGUGUGGCGUGGGCCUCAUUCGUAAUCAUCAUCGGUACCUUCAUCAUGGUUGCUGGUUCCUACAGCGCCAUUGUUGGUAUCGUUGCUGACUACAACUCUGGAUCUUCAGGCGCCUGGUCUUGCGCUGACAACUCCAACUCGGCUGGUGGCGGACACUAG